AUGUUACAGGGUGAAGUCCAAUGGACGAAAGAUGGUUUUGCUUUGGGUUACAACGCUGAAAUUCCAGGACUUCCAAGAUAUAGUUAUAUAGGAGAUAGAAAAAUCGGAGUUUAUAAUUUAAAAAUAACAAAUGUUACGUUAGAAGAUGAUUCUGAGUUUCAGUGCCAAGUUGGUCCCGUUGCUAAUAAUAAAGCAAUACGUGCCAACGCCAGAUUAACCGUCAUAGCUCCACCUUCUUCAAUAGAAAUAAUUAAUCAUUCAUCAAAAGAUAAAAUUCAAAUAAAGGAAAAUGAAGAAUUAGAAAUUGAAUGUUUGGUUAAAAAUUCAAAACCUCCUGCUAAAGUGAUUUGGUAUAGGGGAGACAUUGAAUUAAAAUCAGACAAUAGUUCUGAUACUGUGAUAAACGUACCCGAAGGAAAAGUCACGAGGUACAACGUAUUAAGUAAAAUAAAAAUAAAACCGACAGCGGAUGAUGACGUCGCUGAAUAUACAUGCGAAGCAAGACACGAGGCAUUACCAACAAACAUGCCAUUGAGAUCAACAGUUAGCCUUUCCGUAUUGUAUCCACCCGGUUUGCCUUACAUCGAAGGUUACACCGAAGGAGAAACCGUUAAAAGAGGUCAAACAAUUGAAUUGAUAUGUAGAUCUCGUGGCGGUAAUCCUCCCGCUCAAUUAAUUUGGUUUAAAAAUGGCGAACCUGUGAGAAUGUCAUAUAGAACGGCCGGACGCCUUUCUGAAAACGUUUACACUUUUACCGCGGAUUCAAACGAUAACAAAGCAAAAUAUAAAUGCGAAGCAACAAACGUCAUGAGUCCGAUACCUUACAAAGCAGAAGUUACGCUUUCUGUGCUCUUUGCACCUGCUCACGUGACUAUUUCUGGUCCAACCGAAGCAAAAGCCGGGGAUAAGGUGCCUUUGACAUGCACGACCGAUAACAGUAAUCCUCCAGCGGAUAUUAAAUGGAUGGUUGCAGGAAGACAAGUGCGAAACACAUCGGUGAUAACAACUCCGUCACCGAACGGCGGUUCGAUAAGUACUUCAAAUAUAACAGUGACAGUUGGACAGAAUAAAAGAUCUUUGGUUGUUAUUUGCCACGGUUUGAACAUGCACUUAACUGAAAACAUUGUCGGAACGCACACGAUCAACGUUUUGUAUCCACCCGGCCAUCCGAUAAUUAGCGGUUACACAAAAGGUACCAAUAUUCCGGUGGGUACUGUACAAAUGAUAUCGUGUAUUUCAUCAGGAGGUAAUCCUUUGGCGACGCUAACGUGGUACAAAAAUGAUAAAAAGAUAACUUCUGUGUCAAAAACAAACGACCGAUCCGUCUCCGCAGAGAUAACCGUCUACACAAAUAUGACUGAUAACGGAGCCGUAUACAAAUGCGAAGCGUCUAAUCCAGCGACAGAAGUUCCAUUCAUUGAAACCGUUAAAUUAAAUGUUUAUUUUCCUCCGGAUCAUGUUAGAGUGAGAAAAGAACCCGCCGAAUUAAAACCGGGACAAAUAGCAACGUUAACUUGCGAAUCUAGUUCUAGUAAUCCUCCGGCUAAGUUAAGUUGGUGGAAAGAAGGGAUACCCGUUGGCGGUGCAAUAAAUACCACAAAACCGGGAUUACACGGCGGAGUCAUAUCAACGAUUGAACUCAAAGUAAACGUGACACCUGAAAUUAAUGGUGUCGUUUACACGUGUCAAGCAACGAACGCACCGCUUCAAAGAAGCGUACACGAUGCAUUUACAUUAGAUGUUUUAUUUAAGCCAGUUUUUAAAGAAUUAACGAAUAAAAUAUAUUCAGCGGUCGAAGGAGAACCUUUGCUGAUAUUUUUAGAAACAAAAGCCAAUCCAAGUAACAUAGUUUAUACUUGGAAUAAAAAUGGCGUUUCAUUUUCAAAAAAAAAUUCAAGAUUGAUUGUUGAUGGUCCCGUUUUGAACAUAACGAGGCUCACUAGGCACGAUAAUGGAGAAUAUAAAUGCACGGCAUCAAAUUCUCAGGGUUCGGCAUCAAUUACUUUUAAUAUAAGCGUCCAAUAUUCGGCUUACGUAGUAACCGCUCCACAAUACGUUGUAGCAACGCCUGGAGAAAAUGUCGAACUCAAUUGCACGGUCGAUGGUAAUCCGUUAAAAGAAGACGAUAUUUCAUGGAGGAAUAAAAAUUAUUACGAUUUAGAUGAAAAAACAAUAUCUAAAACAUUUAUUAAUUCCACGUCUUAUUUAGUUUUACGUUCGCCUACUCGUAAAGAUUCUGGUUCUUUCGAGUGCGUCGUAAACAACGGAAUAGGAAACGAAACGUUUAAAACUAUAGAAUUAUUAGUCAAAUAUAAGCCAGAAAUGGAUUUUUCUCCAGCCCGAUUAAAAUCUGCAUCGAAUAUAGGAAGUACCGGUAGAUUAAUAUGUAGAUCAUCGUCCGUGCCUAAGCCAACAUUUCAAUGGUUUAGAAAUAGAAUGAAUUUGGUUCCCAACAUAACGAGUAAAUAUUUUUCGGAAUUUCGCGAAGUUAAUUUCACGACGUUCGAAUCGAUAUUGAUAAUAAAUAACGUGGAAGCGUCCGAUUAUGGAGAAUACGAAUGCGAAGCAAGAAACGAAGAAGGGAUUGCAAAAUCCAUAAUCGUACUCAACGUGACUUCUGCUCCGGAUCCUCCAUUGUCUAUGACAGUACUUAACGUCACUCAUGAUUCCGUGACAAUAUCUUGGGUACCUGGAUUCGACGGAGGACUCAAAACUUCUUACAGAAUCAGAUAUAAAGCAGAUAAUAAAAAUUCUGAAAGAGAAGGUUUUAGAUAUUUAGACGUAUUAACUGAUAAUUCAACAUAUUAUACAGUUAACGGUUUAAAUUUAGAUACAGAAUAUGUAUUUACAAUAAUGGCGUUCAACGACAGAGGAAAUAGUAACUACAUGCAAGAUGUAGUUAAAACGAAAACAUCAAACAUUAUGAUCCCAGAAGAAUUGCUAGGAAAAGCAGAUAUACCUCGAAUCAUAAUCAUCAGCGUAUCAAUAACCGGAGUUAUAUUACUACUUUUUAACGUACUUCUUGUUGUUUGCUUCAUAAUAAGAAAGAAGAAAAAAAAAAUUAAAAAAGGUCCUAGCGAGCAAGGAAGCAACAAAUCUGCAACCAUUGAAAUGUAUGCACCGAGUAGUUAUAAUGAAACAGUUACCGGAGAGACAUUAAGUUCAGUUUCGGAAAAAAGUGAAAAUUAUUCAAACGGAGAAGUCAACGCCGAUUAUGCGGAGGACGGGUGUAAAGUAGCUAAUAGCACAUAUUUAAUAGACCAAUUUGAUUAUCCGUUCCAGUACCCUGCAAGCUACGAAAUGCAGCAUCAAUUGAGGGGAAAUCAUGUAGUACCAGAUCCGGAAAUUGUUCAGACGAGAAACACAUUACCGCAUCCUGUAAAUAAAGGAAACUACAUAAACAAUUCAAUGAUUCCUCCUCAGACGAUAGAAGGAACUUAUUAUAACAUGCAAGCGGAGUCGAGGUAUUUACCUUACUCUCAACCAUUAGAGUACAACCAUACAAUGCCUACGGGAUCUCUUAAACGUCAAAGAGGUCCCGUCCUUCCUGAUGUAACAGUUUUACAUAAUAAUUCUUCGCCUCCGAAACUUACGGGGCCCGUCCUAUCGGCAACUCUUAUGCCUCAACCAGCUCUUUCGACGUUUGGUCAAGGUUAUCCUGCUAAUUUGGAAACAGAGGGUCACUUGGUGUGA